AUGAUCGCAUUUCCAACUGAUGGUGCUGAGGUUGACUUCAAGUACACCGUGAUUCGAAACCCCAACUGCAACCCCAACGACAGCUGCGCACACAACGGCACCAAGCUGAUUCAAGUUGUCGUGAAUAAACCCGACCAAUCACUGCACUUCCUCCUGCCUGGAUCCGGUGUCGGGGCCCCCCUGUCCAUAGUCAUGCUAGAGGGGGAUCCAAAGCCUGCUAAGCUGCUGGUGAACUACACGAAAUUCAUGUCCAGAAACGGUACCGAUUUCUGGAACUCAAUUACCUUCAAGAACGCCCACACCUCCUACGGCAUCGUCUUCUAUGCGUUUUGUAUCUACGAUGACAUUUCGGACGCCGCUGAGAUCACUCCAUCGGAGGUGUUGUCGACGUGCCGUCAUAUGCUGGGUCGAAAUCUUGGCUGGACGCUUACAGACAACUCACAAGUGAAAAAUCAACAAAAUUUUAUCUACACAGCUGAGAAUUCGACUGAUAACAAUGAUGGUAUGGGGAAAAUCGUUGUUAAUAUUACAAUCCCGCGCAAUGAAAACGAGUUGCUAGACAAGGGAACACUGUGGCUUACCCCCGGAAACGGGCUUCACUUUGAAAUAACCGUCGACAACGUCACCACCUCCAAAAGGGGCAGGAUAGCACCGAUUCUUCUGCCCUUUUCUCGCGAUCCCGUAGAUGAUAGUGAGGACUUUGUUGAGUCGACUACGACCUCCUCCAGUGGAGCUGAACCCGUUUUCAAUUUGCACCUGGCACAACGUCGAAAGCUAGCGCACUUCCGAGAGCCCGGAUCGAUCGAUAAGGUGCGCACGCUCGGUCACACGCCGGCAUUCGUCCAAUGGAGAACGACUUGCGAGGUGACGCCAGACCGUGGAGGGCGUAGGCGAGGGGUGUAUCGAGUACCCCGGGUGGCAGUUCCAAAGGGUCGAGCGAAAAAAUAUCAAUUUUCUCUACCCUACGCGGUCUAUGGCGAUGAUUUCAACCAAAAACAUUCGCCUAGCGCGGCUUCCACGACUGUGGGCUUGAGGAUGCAGACAGUGUCUCUGGGUAGUCGUGGAGACGGAUUCUUCGCGGCAACGAACUUCGUCAGAUGGCGAGGCGUCCUGAGCAUGGGUGAGCCUCAACGCGAAGAUGACAAGGGCUUGCGGAGUCUAGUGGCAGUUGCAAUCGCCUUGCCCAUCAUGCUGCUGGUAAUGCUAGCAACGGCCGGUGGGUACUUUGUCUACCACCGUCGUCAGAAUCAGCGGGGAGUUAACGAGGAGGAACCAUUGUUGCCAACACAGCAGCGCGAAUCAAGCCGACAGGCGGUGCUGUUUCAGUGCAUCGGUGGGAAGCUGCGUCUGUGUCGUCGGAUUCCAUCGCCGCAGUUUCCUCGACGUGAGGACGAGGAAUCGAAUAGUACCUAG